AAGCCGACAAAUGCAUUAACAUCCGGACAAAAUCGGUUUCAUCCGUACACAGGUCAUCUAAUAAACAGACAAAGAAAUUUGUACGAAGCAUAUUAUGCGAGCGGAUAUUAUCUACCAAGCCUCCAGAAUAUACAUGUACCUGUUUCUUCUGAGGUAGGUACUUCGUUGCCCGGAUGUGGAAAUAAUUUCAAACAAGGCACCUUUCUAUCAAAUUAUCAACCAUAUUACAAUGAAAUGCAGCAGACGAAUUAUCAGUGGGCGUUUACACCGAAAAGUAUUCAGAAUUUAUGCGAGCUCAACUCGGAGCCCGGAACAAACUUUCUGACAACAUCAUUUGCUCCCCUGACAGCAUCAUCUGCUCCCGGAAAAGACCGAAGUCAUCCGUUCUAUUCUCGAAAACGACUGGAACCAGCUGCAGGAAUGACGAGAACCAGGGACAAAUACAGAGUGGUUUACACUGAGAAACAAAGACGUGGUCUGGAAAAGGCAUACAACACAAACAAGUUCAUUACGACAGAGAUAAGGUCGAAGAUUUCAGAGGAACUUGGUUUAUCUACAAGACAGAUAAAGAUUUGGUUUCAAAACCGUAGAGCCAAAGAAAGAAGAGAUUCCAGGAAGGAAAACUAUACGGAACAGACAGAAAAUAGUAGUGCGGAAGAAGAUAACAACAAAUAUGAAAAUUCUCCUUCCAGUCAAGACAAUUCGAAAGAUUUUUUAACUUCCUGUCGCUUUACCGGAAAUGAAAACUUAUCCGAAGAGAGGCGCUUCAUGCCUGGACAAUGUCGCUUUUCAAACCAGUCUGAAACUUUCAGAAUCUCUGUGAAUAACACUGAACAGCCAAGUUCUUGUCUCUUUGAGUCACGUGACAUACAAUAUUUUCGACCAUCAACAUCACCAUCCGAAUGGCGCAUGCCCACCGGAAGUAGUGUGUUACCGACUGUAGAUGUUUCACCAUUAACAGGAAAUGCAAACUUUGAUUUUGAUCUGAGAUUAUGAUAUUAUACAAUAGGAAAGAGUUUAUAAAAAUUGUGUAUCAUUUUAUUGUUCUUUUUUCACUUUGCUUGACUAAAAACUAAUAAACAGCUUAAAAUGCAAUGUUCUGUCAUUAUUAAUUUUGUACAUCUUAA